AUGUACAACGAUCCGUUUGCUGGUCUCCUCACGCAGAAGAACCGCCACGAGCUGGAAAGUUUCCUGAAGGGGACGGCUGAGCAGGGCGUCCGAUGGGAGAAUCUGAUCGCGAUUCGCUCUCGAUACGUCGAUGACGCACUGGAGCACCGCGGCAGCGGCACCAAGCAAGUUGUGAUCCUCGGGGCUGGUUUGGACACUCGCGCGUAUCGCUUGUUGUCACUGCGUGCAUGCCAUGUUUUGGAAAUUGAGCGAAAUCCCCGGGCAUUUGAUCAUAAAGCCGAAGUAUUGCAAGACGCGCCGCUGAUGGCACGAAAGCUUGACUGCAUCGUUGCCAACCUCGCCGAUGAUGACUGGGACCACAAGCUGCUCGCUCAUGGAUUCGACUCAAGCUUGCCUACAUUUUGGGCGGAUAUCGCUGGCCACGCAACCUUUGCUGUCGAGGGCUUUGGUGAAGUUACGAUGAAGCACGGCGAAGACGACCCACUACGUGGUGUGCUGCGCGAGAUCCCCUGGUGUUUGCAGCUGCAAGCUUCGCUUGGGGAGGAAGGGGUUCAUUUUGGUCGCAAGUGGUCACCGUUGUCUUCUUCGGAUACCGGCGAGAGCGUUCCAGUUUGGUUUGUCGUCGGCAAGAAGCCCAUUCCGACCGAAGCGUGUAAGAAGGACGUGUGCUCUGGUUUGGACUGCUGA